ACAUUAUUUGUGAGAAUGUGAGAACAAUCAAAUCUAAUGCAUCCACUGUAAAAAUUAAUGCAUUCGCUGUUAAAAUUAAUGCACUCAAAACAAUAAAAAAAAUUGCUCCCUUCAGGAUUCGAACCCUGGAUAUGCAUUCAUCCAACAAGAUGAUGCAUCCAUCGUAGAUCUUGAUGAUCGAAUUGCUGAAAAUGGUUCUCCGUUCUUUUAUUUAGUGGUUCUUUCUUGAACCUCUCCCUAUAUAAAUAAGAGAUAUUUAUAAAGAUAAAAGAUAAGGAAAAGAUAUGAUAUCAUAUACUAAAAAAAAGGUGCCCUAAUUUUGUGGACGCUAAAAAUGGCAAAAUUGUUCUAUUUUCAUGGACAGAUGGAGUAUCAUUUAAGUUAGUUUCAUUUGAUUAUCUCAAUAAAAAAUGUGAGAUUGAAGAAAUUUUAAUAUGAAGUAAAAAUACCCAAUCAUGUAUUUUAUCAAUUAUGCAAUGUAAACAACCCUUUAGACCUUAAUUGAUAAAUUCCCUAUAAUAUUUAUUCUGAUUUCCUAUACGUGGACUCUUUUUUCCAAACACCCUAUUAUUUAGACAAAGGGUUGUGUUAUAGUGAGUAUCUUUCUAAUUAAAAAAUGCGAAUGUAUUUGCCAAUGAGGCCUAGCUCAAGUGAUAAAAUUGAGACAUUCAAAGAUUCUCAUUUGGAUUCUCAUUUGUAAAGAUUUUGGGUUAUAAUAAAUUAGGCCAUGAAUUAUAUGAACAACAUUUAAUAAAAUGUGAUUUUAAAAAAUACUAUAUCAACACGUUCAUAAUUUAUAGUAACAAAUAAGAAAUGAAUAAGACACGCAAAAGCCAUAAAAAAUUAGGAAUAAAUUAAAAUUUUGAUUUUUUGCUACUAAAAAUAUGUUUUACUCCAUAAUUAAACAAAUAAUAGAUCCUUUCAAUAAAAAAUAAUUAUUUAAAUUAUAUCAACCAUAAAAUUUAAAUAUUUGUAUUAUAAUUUUAUUUUCAUUCACCAUCGCAUUUAUCUAUUAUACGUUGACUAAAGGCUAAUUUUGGAAAAGCAAGUCAAACCUAAAGAUUGUAAAGGGAUAACAUUAAAUAUAGAAACACAGCUAUAUAUAUAUAGAGCGGAAACGGAAAGCGCACAUAUUUGUUUAUUUAUAUUUUUCCAACUAUACGAAUCUUCAUUGUUGAUAUAAAAAAUAAAUAGAAAUAAAGCGAGAAAGUUAUCCAGCUAGAGUCAGAUCGAAAUCAACAGAAUAUUUCGUGUUUCGGCGCCGUCGAGAUAUUUAUCCAAUUCAGAACUCGUUGCUUCUUACACUGUGGCUUUCAGCUUAGCCGACUAUAUUUCUCUCCCAACUGCCCGCCAAAUGUUUGUUUGAUUGCCGCAAUGGCUUUCUCUUCUUGUCUCAAGUGCCACCCAUGGACUUCCUCUCACAAUCUCAACCAUCAUCACAUUUCAAACCCCGCAAACUUAAUCACAUUACAAUUUUCGAGAAAUUCAGCAAAACGGCGGUCCCCAAAGCUCUCAUUUGCUGUCUCCUCAGCUAUAUCUAACGUUCUACUCUCGCCGGACUUCACCCCAAAGCAACUUUUGGACUGUCUUCGCGGCGAAGAGGAUGAAAAAUCGGCCCUCCGCCUCUUCCAGUGGGCGUCGGGGCAGCCAAAUUUCGUGCCCGCAUUGCCUAUAUACGAGGAGAUUAUUGGAAAGCUAGGGAACGCAGGGUCUUUCGAUUCCGUCAGGCAAGUUUUGAAUCAUAUGAAGCAUUCGAAAAUUGAUGUUGUUGAGGGCAUUUUCUUUAUCUUGAUUGGUAGUUACGCGAAAUUUGAGCUGUAUGAUGAAGCCAUUGGCGUGCUUGAUGUGAUGGAGAAAGAGUUUGGAGUGAGGCCUGGAACUCAUACCUAUAACUUUCUGUUGAAUGUUCUUGUUGAUGGUAAUAAGUUGAUAUUAGUGGAAAGUGUGCAUUCGAAGAUGAUUAACUGUGGUGUGAAACCUGAUGUUUCGACUUUCAAUAUAUUGAUAAAGGCUUUGUGUAAGGCGCAUCAGAUAAGGCCUGCGAUUCUGUUGAUGGAGGAGAUGCCUAAGUAUGGUUUAGCGCCGGAUGAGAAGACUUUCACCACGAUAAUGCAGGGUUAUAUCGAGGAAGGGAACCUCGAGGGAGCUUUGAGGGUGAGGGAACAAAUGGUGGCAGCUCAGUGCCCGUGGAGUAAUGUGACGAUAAAUGUGUUGAUCAACGGAUUCUGCAAGGAGGGCAGGAUCGAGGAGGCUCUGAUAUUCGUGCAGAAGAUGGUCAACGAGGGGUUUUGCCCGGAUCAGUUCACGUUCAAUACUUUGAUAAGUGGUUUGUGCAAAGUAGGGCAUGUGAGUCAUGCUCUAGAGAUCUUGGAUUUGAUGCUCCAAGAGGGGUUUGAUCCCGAUGUUUUCACCUAUAACACGGUGAUAUCUGGACUUUGCAAGAGGGGUGAAGUUGAAGAGGCAAGGGAAGUUCUCGAUCAGAUGCUUUCAAGAGAUUGCUCUCCGAAUGCUGUCACGUAUAAUGCCAUAAUCAGCACCUUGUGUAAAGACAAUCAGGUGGAAGAAGCUACUGAGCUUGCACGUAGCCUGACUAGCAAGGGUAUCCUGCCUGAUGUAUCGACGUUUAACUCUCUCAUACAAGGUCUUUGUUUAACCAGCAACUUCAACAUUGCAAUGGAGUUAUUCUACGAGAUGAAGGCGAAAGGAUGCCAACCAGAUGAGUUCACUUACAACAUAUUGAUUGACUGCCUGUGUGGCAAAGGCAAGCUUGAUGAAGCACUGAGGCUCCUUAAGGAUAUGGAAUCGAGUGGCUGUGCAAGAAGCGUGAUAACUUAUAACACUCUGAUUGAUGGGUUCUGCAAAAGCAAUAAAAUUGAAGAUGCAGAGGAGAUCUUUGAUCAGAUGGAACUUCAAGGGGUCUCCAGAAAUCUGGUCACGUAUAACACCCUAAUUGAUGGUCUCUGCAAGGCCAAGAGGGUGGAUGAGGCUGCUCAGCUUAUGGACCAGGUGAUAAUGGAGGGGCUGAAACCCGAUAAAUUCACUUACAAUUCCCUCCUUUCCUACUUCUGUAGAGAAGGAGAUAUUCAAAAGGCCGCGGAUAUUGUGCAGACGAUGACUUCAAACGGGUGCGAACCAGAUGUGGUGACGUAUGGAACCUUGAUUCAGGGGCUGUGUAAAGCUGGCAGAGUCGAGGUUGCCACUAGGCUUCUCAGAAGCAUCCAGAUGAAAGGAAUGGUUUUGACGCCGCAUGCUUAUAAUCCUGUGGUGCAGGCGCUUUUCAGGAGGAAAAGAGUCAAAGAAGCCAUGCAACUCUUUCGGGAAGUGGAGGAGAAGAAUGAUCCUCCCGAUGCUGUCUCGUAUAAGAUUGUGUUCCGAGGGCUUUGCUCUGGUGGCGGCCCCAUUGGCGAAGCUGUUGAUUUUGCACUUGAAGUGGCUGAGAAAGGCUAUCUCCCGGACGUUUCUUCGUUCUAUAUGUUGGCUGAAGGGCUUUGUGCAUUGAACAUGGAGGAAACACUAGUGAAACUCAUUGACAAGAUAAUGGUGAAACUCAAAUUUUCAGAGAAUGAAGCUGCUAUGAUAAGGGGUUUCCUUAGAAUCCGUAAAUUUUCAGAUGCGUUGGCCGGUUUUGGCCGGGUUUUGGAGAGCCGAAAACCCAGAAAGAAAAGCUACUGGCGUGCAUAGAAGUUGGUGGAGUUAUGUAGCCAGUAGAUUAUCUGCUCUCAGCAGUUUCUUGAAUUGCAGAGGUUAUGAAAUUUUGGUGCUGAUAGGUUAGGGGAUACCUACAAUGCUGAGGAAGCCAAGGUUGUAUGUUACUUCAUAUGCUGUAAUUUGACUCACAUUCAACUCUAUAAAUUGUUGGUAUGUUUUAUCA